AUGAUUAGUUACCCUUUCUUCUCCCUCUCACCACCAGGAUUAGUACCACCACCAAUGGCUGUCCCACCAGUGGAAAUGUAUAGUGGUUCCUUUUGGAACAGAAUGAGGAAACCCUUGCCAUUACGAACGCAAGUCAUUCGAUUCACAGUUGUAUUCGUAAUCGUCUCUUUCAUCCUUGCGGUUGCGUUGCAAAUCACACAUGAACGUAUGCCGGACCCCAAGGUGACGAAGCCGCUACCAGAUCUCGGUUUUGAACUUUUGACGAAGGUACCAGGUAUGUAUGUUCUUGCAGACUGCUGUAUCGGUUUCUUGAAUAUUCUGAGUGUUUUCACCGCUUUCAAACUGUACCUUCUUCACCGGCAUUGUGUGGGGUCGGGUGAACCAGAACUCCCAUGUAACAUUCCCGGUGUGAGUCGCUUCUUUUUAUCUGUGUGGUUAUGUAAGGAGAAUUGCCGUAUUGAACUGCGCAACGUUCAUACCAUUGCAUGGAUCCGUUUUAUUACAUCAUACGCACUCCUGCUACUCUUUCGCUCGGUAGUUAUUGUCAUGACAUCGCUUCCUGCUCCCGAUGACCUGUGCCAAGACCCGCCGAAAAUAGAGAACCCCGUAAAGAACGUUAUACUUACUGUUCUUACAGCUGGUGGUGGUUCCAUACACUGUGGUGAUCUCAUGUACAGUGGCCAUACUGUGAUUCUGACGCUUCAUCUCAUGUUCCACUGGAUUUAUGGGGCAAUGGUACAUUGGUCGUUUCGUCCUGUGGUGACUGUGGUAGCAAUUUUUGGCUACUAUUGCAUCGUUGCCUCUCGGUUCCAUUACACAGAUGACGUGUUGGUAGCUAUUUAUUUAACAAUUGCAACAUUCAUAGCAGUAGGUCACAACGCUGAUGGAGCUCCAUGGCAGCUGCAACUUUUUAUUCGCUGGUUGCCAUGUUGUGGUGCCAAUUCACGUGAAAUGACGGAAGAUAGCCAACCGGUAAUGGUGGCUUUUAAGAGUGAAGAAUUAGAUGAAAUGAAUGGUGUGCUGGAGGGCAGACAAAAAAAACAUGGUGGUGUUGGUGAUGGUGAAGCUUUAAUGUUUAAAUGUGGGGCGUAUGUGUGA